CAAUUCGAUGCCAAGCAGUUGGACGGUGUUCCGAAGCUAAGUACACUGUACUUGACAUCGAACUCCUUGACGCAUUUGAAAAGACGACAUUUUGGAAACAUGACGUACUUGCUGACACUAGAUCUGCAAGACAACGGUAUUUACACAAUUGAAGUCGAUGCUUUUGAUAUGCUAAAAAGAUUGGAUUCCCUGAACCUGAAGAAUAAUCCUUUACGACACAUGCAAGCAGCCUGUUUCAAUCCUUUGAUAUCGCUUCGCUACAUAUAUUUUUCGAGCUUCUACUCGUGUUCCAUUGCGCGCAAGGUCCGAGUGUGCGAGCCUCGUGGGGAUGGUCUGAGUUCGCAGAGCCACCUGUUGGACAACGUGUUAGCCCGCGCAGGUGUGUGGAUCGUGGCAGGAAUCGCCUGUCUCGGAAAUGCUGCUGUUAUCAUUGGACGAGCUAUGAUAGUCAUAAGACGAGAGACAGAUGGAGUACACGCCUUUUAUAUCAAGAAUUUAUCCGUUGCUGAUUUCUUGAUGUGCUUGUACCUCUUUUUAAUUGCCGGACAUGACGUUGCAUUCCGUGGGGAGUACAUCCGUUAUGACGUCAAAUGGAGGCACAGCUGGCAGUGCACACUAGCGGGUAUGCUAAGUACUGUUAGCAGCGAGGCUUCUGUCUUUAUUCUCACUCUAAUUACAGCGGACAGGUACAUUUCAAUAGUAUAUCCUUUGAUGAUGCGCCGGCGCACGCUACUGUGGGCAGUAUUUUGUGUGGGAGCCAGUUGGAGUGCUGCUCUUGCCAUUGCCAUCUUGCCCACUCUAAAUUUCGGCUAUUUUGGAGACGAUUUUUACGGAAACAAUGGCGUUUGCUUGCCUCUCCAUAUACACGACCCAUUCUCCAGAGGCUGGGAGUAUUCUAUGGUGAUAUUUUGUGGCAUUAACACUGUUGCUUUUGGUUUCGUGUCAUAUGCCUAUAUUGCGAUGUUCCUAACAAUUAGUCGAUCCAGACUGGGCCUCAGAUCUUCUCAGCAACAGCUGGAUAGAACACUUGCCAAACGAUUUGCAUUUAUUGUGGCGACUGACAUGGCUUGCUGGCUGCCCAUCAUACUCAUCAAGAUCUGUGCCGUCUCAGGCAUCAAAAUUCCUUCCGAGUUGUACGCCUGGGUUGCUGUGUUUCUGUUGCCCAUCCAUUCGGCUCUAAAUCCUCUGCUUUACACUCUGACGACAAGAUUGUUCCGUCAGCAAUUGGCAAGGAUUGUCUAUACGUGGAGGACCACCCUUCCUCCAUCUGCUGAAUCUUCCGGAAUUUCCAUGUCAUCGGCUCCUGGAUUUCACCAUAGCACUCGAUCGAAGAACAGUAUCAACAUACCAACAUCGGAUCUGGAUCGCAGUUUGAGUCGGACAUCUCUGAUAUCAGCAAACAGUAGAAUAUCCGGGCGUUGUAACUGGCCCUCACCUUUGGCUUAUAUCGUGUACCAGAACAACUGCUUUUGAAAUCUCAUAUUAACACAUUCAUUGUAUUCUACUCUGUAUUUCAAUAAAUGAA